AUGAAAUCGAAUAUAAGAAUUCCUCACCUUGGUUUUCUUGAUUUGCCGGCGAGUUUUCAAGAAUUCUGCAACUGGGUUUUCUUGGAUUUUCUUGAUUUGCUUUGUUGCCUGUCAAUAUCUAUUGUUGGAUCCCUUUCUUUUAACUUGCCGGAAACGACGGUGAUGUCGUUGUCUCCAAGGAAAUCGAUAAACAAGGUGUUUGAGAAGGUUGGGGUGUAUGGUUUUGGAGGUAGCAGCCAAAAGAGGUGCAAAUAUGCAAUUGAAGAUGAAGACGGGACCAUGGAAAUGGAGCAAAUUGGUGCUGAAAGGACAAAAAAUGUGCUGAUUCUGAUGAGCGAUACUGGUGGCGGCCACCGUGCAUCGGCAGAGGCGAUUCGAGACGCGUUCCAGCUGGAAUAUGGGGAUGAAUAUAGGAUUUUUGUGAAGGAUGUUUGGAAGGAGUACACAGGCUGGCCGCUGAAUGAUAUGGAGAACCAGUACAAAUUCAUGGUUAAACAUGUGCAGCUUUGGAAGGUUGCAUUUCAUAGCACCUCUCCUAAAUGGAUACACUCUGCCUAUCUUGCAGCCAUUGCUGCCUUUUACGCUAAGGAGGUUGAGGCUGGCCUAAUGGAGUACAAACCCGAUAUCAUCAUCAGUGUCCAUCCUCUUAUGCAGCAUAUUCCACUCUGGGUACUGAGAUGGCAAGGAUUACAGAAGAAAGUCAUUUUUGUUACAGUCAUUACAGAUCUCAAUACAUGCCACCGCACAUGGUUUCAUCCAUCUGUCAAUCGAUUGUACUGCCCCUCAGAGGCUGUAGCAAAGAGAGCUUCACUAGAUGGACUCGAACAAUCCCAAAUUCGUGUGUGUGGGUUGCCCAUCCGACCUUCUUUUGUUCAGGCAGUUCUAUCCAAGGAUGAUUUAAGAGUCGAACUUGAGAUGAAUCUUAACUUGCCAGCCGUCCUGCUAAUGGGAGGUGGUGAAGGGAUGGGCCCUGUAAGGAAAACUGCCGAGGCUUUGGGAGAAUCUCUGUAUGAUACGGAGCUCGAGAAGCCAAUAGGGCAAUUGAUUAUCAUCUGUGGGCGCAAUGAGGUGCUAGCCUCCACAUUGAAAUCACUUGAAUGGAAAAUCCCUGUCAAGGUUAGAGGGUUCGAGAAGCAAAUGGAGAAAUGGAUGGGUGCUUGCGACUGUAUUAUCACAAAAGCAGGACCAGGCACCAUUGCAGAGGCAUUGAUAAGAGGCCUUCCGAUUAUUCUGAAUGACUAUAUUCCCGGACAAGAAAAGGGAAACGUUCCAUAUGUAGUUGACAAUGGGGCUGGAGUGUUCACUCGAAGUCCUAAUGAAACUGCACGACUGGUGGCGGAGUGGUUUAGCACAAAGACGAACGAGCUCAAAAAAAUGUCAGAGAAUGCGCUAAAACUUGCCCAACCAAAUGCAGUGUUCGACAUUGUGAAAGACAUUCACGAACUAGCUUGCCAACGAGGUCCCCUCGCAAACAUCCCCUACAUUCUGACGUCUUCAUUUUCGAGCUUAAUUUGCUAA